UAAAAUUUCAUGUGGGUCUGUAAAAUGGUAAAAACUUUGACUUGCUUUCUUCAGCCAACUAACCUUUUCUCUCUCAUCUACUUGUGUACGCUAAUCUAGAGAUCACUUAUUGAUUUUGCGAUAAGAGAAGUUUAUCGUUUUAGUAAUCAUCAGAUACGUAGAAUUUUCACCGAAGUUUGAAAAAAAAAAUUCUUUACUUUAUUGAUGAUGAAAUCUUUCUUCUGCGAUUCCAACACAGCCAAAUGAAACUUCUUGUUUCCACUUUAAUGGUGCUUAACCACCCCAAGGCUCCGGCAAAGGUUCUAUAGCAGUACCAAACAACUUGGGUCAUCACAGAAUUAGACUUUCCAGCGGAAAUUUUUGUACUCAUCUGCUGAAUUUGGAUAAAGAUCAAACCGUUUUCAUCCCAUAUAAAUUUUUUAUCACAAUCCAAUACUAAAGCUGAAAACUUUCUUUCAAUUCUCGAAACAGCCAUGUUAAUUCAACUCAAGAAAAGCCACCACGUAUGCUUGGGUUUUAUCAUUUAUGCGUUCUUUUUUGCAUCUCAACUACAUGACCUGAAUGUCCCUUUUCAUCCCUUGGAUGUCUUGCCAGUUUUACCAAGACGAGUCUCAUGGCCAAUUAUGAACUAUUUGAAUAGUGCAGUGGACCUUUUGCCUUCGUUCGUUGGGGCUGCUUCUUCCACCAACAAUAGCUUGGAGUGGAAAGGGGCUUGCUUUUACGAAAAUACUGCUUGGUUGGAGUUUAACAACAAGAGCGGCAGCGAAUUCGGUGGAGGCAUACUUCAUAUCAAGGUUAGCAAGGCUCAUAGCUGGACAUGUAUGGAUCUGUAUAUUUUUGCAACUCCAUACCGUGUGACAUGGGACUAUUACUUUUUGUCUCGUGAACAUACCCUUGAGUUCAAAGAGUGGGAAUCAGAACAGGAGUAUGAAUAUGUCAGACACAAGGGAGUUGCAAUUUUCCUCAUGAAAGCAGGGAUGCUAGGCACCCUUCAAGCUCUAUGGGAUGUCUUCCCAUUGUUUACAAAUACAGGAUGGGGAGAGAAUUCAAAUAUUGGGUUUUUAAAGAAGCAUAUGGGGGCUUCAUUUGAGCAACGUCCUCAACCAUGGGUCAUGAAUGUUAGCGUUGAUGAUAUACAGUCUGGAGAUUUCCUUGCAGUAUCAAAGAUUCGGGGCCGAUGGGGUGCUUUUGAGACUCUGGAAAAAUGGGUGAGUGGAGCUUAUGCUGGUCAUUCAGCUGUUUGUUUGAGAGAUUCUGAAGGGAAGUUAUGGGUUGGUGAAUCAGGACAUGAGGAUAAGGAGGGGCAAGAUAUCAUUGCUAUCUUACCAUGGGAUGAAUGGUGGGAUUUUGAGUUGACAAAGGACGAUUCUAAUCCACAUAUUGCCUUGCUUCCUUUGCAUCCUCACUUCCGGGCCAAGUUCAAUGAGACUGCUGCUUGGGAGUAUGCACGUAGUAUGGAAGGAUUAUCUUAUGGAUUCCAUAACUUGAUUUUUAGCUGGAUAGACACGAUUGAAGGAAAUUAUCCACCUCCCUUGGAUGCUCAUUUGGUUGCUUCUGUCAUGACUGUCUGGAGUCAAUUGCAGCCAACAUAUGCUGCUAACCUGUGGAAUGAGGCCUUGAACAAGAGACUUGGAACUCAGGGGCUUGGUCUUCCUGAAAUUCUAGUUGAAGUGGAGAAGCGUGGAUCAUCUUUUGCUGAACUGUUGGCUAUUCCAGAAAGGGAUAACUGGACAUACAUUGACGGGAAAUCUGCAUCAUGUGUUGCCUUUGUCCUUGAGAUGUAUAAAGAAGCAGGAAUAUUUGGUGAACUUGGAAACUCCAUUGAAGUUACUGAGUUUACGAUUAAAGAUGCUUACUCACUGAAUAUUUUUGAAAAUGAUUCAAGCCGCUUGCCUCAGUGGUGCAAGGAUGGUGACACAGUGGAGCUUCCCUUUUGCCAGAUUCGAGGGAAAUACCGGAUGGAAUUGCCUGGAUACAACACCAUAAAUCCAUACCCUCAUAUGAAUGAAAGGUGCCCAUCUAUGCCUCCCGAAUAUUACAGACCAGAGGGUUGCUAAUGGGUUCUCAAGUUGAUACCCUCUGGAGGGUCCUUGCACAAAUUUUUUGGAGCCUUACCCUCAUGAUGCCCAUCUCUGCCGCUGAUAACUUUCUUAUAUUCAUGCAUUGUUUGACUUGCUUGGGAUGGCACUUAGGGACAAAUACUGUCCAAUUUACUAUUAGUGAACUAUUUUAGGUAAAUGAAAAUGUAGCUACAUUGUACAGUUGCAAAUGAAUGUACAUUAGUGGUGCUCUUAUGUUUCCAUUAUGUUUUAAUGAUUUCUUUUUUGGGCUUGGGGAAGCAGUAUCCGUGAAAUAUGACAUAACUUGAGUAGGUUAUGAACUAUGUUGGUAUUUGGGGUGCCUGUAUUCUAGAACAAGUGGUCUUUCACAUAAUUUUAAUGCUUUUGUACAUGUUA